CCCCUCGGUAGCCCGCGGCGGCCGUAGGGAUGGCCCCUCUGGCCCGUUCCGCGGGGGCCGCAGGCCGCGUCUCCCCGCGCUCUCCCCACAGGGGUGUCCGCGGCCACCGGGGCGGGGGGGGGGCCGGGGUGAGGUGGAGUGAGGCGGGAACGGUGUGGGAUGAGGUUGGGAUGGGGCGGGUUCCCUCCCGCAGGGUUUUUGGGAGGGGGGAGCUCCGUGCCCGGGUAGGCCCCAGGCCCUUCCCCAGGGCUUCCCCCCUCACCCCCCCCAGAGCAGCUGCUUCAUAAAAAUCCUUAUUUCCAGGUAAAACCUUUUGUCUCCCCUGCCCUAGCAAAGCCUUUGAGGGGCAUCUCUAGUGUAGUCAUCUAAUUGCUCCUCGUUCCGUAGGAUCUGAGUAACUCUGGGUGCACCCGGUUCUUAAUUCCUCCUUUUUAGGGCGUUUAAAACGACGCCAUCGCGCAGGGGCGGGGGGGGGUUGUUGGGGUUUUGUUUCUUAAAGGAUUGGAGCUGAGAGGUUUCUGUUUUCUUCUCCCCAUCGAUGGUUUUGUUAUGGAAGCGCCAGAAGGGAUUUUUUUUUUUUUUCCCGUUGCAGUGGAGCCUCCAGGAUGUUCCCAGGGAUCGAGCUCUGGGCCGCAAUUCCACAGUAAAACUGGUUUAUUUUGGCUAUAAAAAGGGAGAUCUCCGGAGACAGGAGGGGGUUGGAAGGGAAACAGAACCACGGGGUUGAAUUGGUCACACACUGAGCUGAGCAGGUGGGCUGGAGGUGCCCCUGGAUGUGUCCAGGAAAAACUUCCUCUUGGAGUCACUUCCCGGCUGGAGUGGCCCCUUUCCAAGCGGCUGCUUCCAGGGGAAACUGAGCUUCUUUGGGAUUCAGGAAAACGUUUCAGUGAGGAGGGGGGGUUUUCACAGCAAAUCGCUGCCAGGCCCCGGGAUUGAGUUCAGAAACAGGGAAAGAACGGGAGAGUUUUAUUUAAUUAUUCCUGUCUCAUCCAGGAGUGGAUUUAGCAGCUUCCCUGGGUUUGGGGUUGAUUCCUGGUGCCUGUUGGAGGAGGAAAAGCCGGUGGACAGUGAGAAUGGUUGUAAAGGGGGGUAGAACACGUAGUUCCUGGUUCUUCUCCUCCCUUGUCAGUGGAUAAAUGGAGGGUUUGAAACAUCAAAUAUUGUUGUAAGGAAUUAAAGGCACAAAUAGAGCAGCAGGAGAAGCUUUUCCAGGGAAAUCUUGGGGCUUCAAAACCAAAAAUUCCCCACAGGGUGGUGCAAGGAAUCUGCUCUCAGGUGUUUUUUGAGGUGCAGAAAGGUUUGCUUCCUUCUUGCUCUUCAAUCCAGGGCAGAGGCAGGUCAGGAAGGUGGGAAAUCAGCCAGGGAAUGGGAUUGGUUCUGCAGUACCAGGAAGGAGAAGCUUCUAAAAUACACUGAACAGGUUUUCGUUCUAUUAUUUAUCUUCCCUUAAAAUAUAUAAAGUUUAUGUUGCUUUUGGUCAUGUUUUUCCUGACCCUCAGCUACUGUAGCUGUACUUUUUUUACAAAAUGGGUUCAAAAUCUCUUAAUACAAACAUUUCACUGGAGUUCUGGGGGAAAAAAGUGUUUAAAGUUCUCAUCAACUUGGAUCAGAGGCCCGCUGAGUGCACCAGAGUUACUCAUUUUUAUUCAGAUUUUCUGGGGUGAAUUCAGUUGAUUUUUGCUUAGCACUCAGAUUGCCACUUUAAAAUUAAAGAAAAAAGGUGUUCAAUUAAAUUUUUUUUAUAAUUAAAUUACCUUCAUGGAGUUUAGAACUUUUAAGGUUUUUUUUGUUGGGGUUUUUGUGGGUUUUUUUGUUGAUUUUUUUGUUGUUAUUGUUAAUUGUUUUAAAGUUUUGCUUUAUUCCCAUUCCUUAAACAAGAUCCAUUGAAAUUCUGAACAGGAAUAUGGAAAUAUGGAAACCCAAAUGUGGAAUAUGGAAAACUGCUGAGCUGAUUUAGUUUAAAGGAACUCAAUCUGAAGGGAUAUUUUUUUUUCCCCCCCAAGCUGGUGGAUGUAGGAAUGUUGAGUUAUAGGUGUGUCUCACUUCCCAAGGAAAGGAAAUGCCACCUUCCAGCCUGGAAAUUCCUUGUGAUUUGUGUGUGAAUGCCUUUGCUCAGCCAAGCCCUUAAUUACCAUGGAUUGAAGUGUUGCCUUGUGCAAACUGAAGAAUUCGGCCUUGAAAUUUAAUCUAAAACUCCCAAAAGCAAAGCACUUGGAAAAAUGUGUCUCCUUGAACCUCCACACGUAGGAGCUCCGGGAAUUUUUAGAAUUAGAUUCCGAGGAAUCUGGAUGACACAAAGUCUGUUUUUGAAGGUGCUAAAGGUCAAGAGUGAAUAAUCCCAUGGAUAUGGAAGAAGGGAAAGAAACCUUGCACUUAAACUCCUGUUUUAUUCCCUUUAUCAAGCAGUCAAAAAACAAUAACACGUAUGAGAACCCAACUUUUCCUCUCUUUAUUUUAGAUUUGGGAAAAUUCCUUGCCAAAAAAAAAAAAACCAAAACCCUGGAAAAUUCACUAGUGUUUGUGUGAGUAAAAGGUUCCAACCAUUUAUUACUGAUCUGUAAGAACGAUUUCAUUCAGUUUUGUCCCCAAGAAUCCGAAAUCCUUUUGCACAGAAAUGUGCAGUGAAAGGGGUAAAUCACUUUUAUUUGAAUUUUAGCUGGUCUGGUUGCAGGUUUUGUGGCAUUUAAAAAAAAAAUCAACCGAGAAUCCUAAAAAUCUUAAUUUUAUAAGAAUAUAAAAAUAAGUGUACGACCUCACAUAAAAAAAAAUGCUGUAGCUCAAUAAAUCGGGUUCUGGUGGCACCAAAAAACCAUCAGCUGGAUUGGACCUGAGCCAUUUCCAAAUGAUCCUGCAGCGAUAUAUGAUGAUGGAUACAUGGAUUAGGGAACAGCAAAUUUGUAGCAUGUGAUGGAAAACCAAAUUAUUUCCCAAAAUCCAAGCGUUUCACGCCCCGUGGUUUCAUGCAGCCAUGCCACUCCAACCGGGGGCACUUCCCUGCUUCCCAAGGCUUGCUGUGUCCUUGAUCUGCUUUAUCCUUCCUGCUCCUGACCUGUCUGCUGAGGGUUAGAGCCAUUCCCGAGGGAUGGACCCCCCUGGCUGGAUGUGUUUGUCCCGUGUGCAUGGAGGGAUGUUUGUGUGCUGCCCCCAAAACCCCCCGUCCCAACUAAUCCCUGGCAGCAUCCCCCCCGACUCCUAUCCAGAUAUUAUGGAGAUAUUUCAUUUUUUCCCCCCAGUUUUCUCCAAAUGAGAGGCUUUGCCUGCAGUUUGCUGUGGCAAACAGCCAGAAAUUCUCAUUUUUUGCUCUCACUCUCACUUUAUUCUCCCUCCUCUGGCGUGUGUAUAAACACAUCUGUGCAUGUGGGUUUAUACACACAAAUGUGGGCUUUUCUGUACAGGUAAUAAAGAUGGGGGGGGAAGGUUUUUGUGUUUUCUUAAUAGGUGAAGAAAUCUUGGAAGACCAGAAAUUGCAACUUACUGAAUGUUAAAUUAUUAAAAAAAAAAAAAAAAAAAAAAAUUAGAAAUUGCCCGGCUGUGGAAGAUGGAGCCUCAUUUUUGCAGCCACUUUGAAUCCCAAGUUCAUCUUUAAAUGCGCUGGGGCUUCUUUUGGUGGUUUUUUGGUGGUUUUUUUGGAAGAGCUAAGUAACCCUGGCUGUCUCCAGGCUCACAGUGUUCCAAUGGACUUGCUUCCUCCAUUAGUUGUAAGAUGUUUAAGAGCACAUCCUAAGUUUGAAUUGUGGAUGAGAGGUUCCCUUGGCAAUGUGAGAAGGAAAAUUCUUUCUACCCCUUUGUUAUUAAUUCAUGGACUCAAGUGUUGGUUCGGCCUACAGGAGAAGGGAACUGGAUGUCUGGGAAGAUCAAAGUCUGUGCUGAAGUUGUCCAGGGUUACUUUUAAAAAGAAGAUUUCACUUCUAAGCCAGUAGAAGACUUUGAGUCCCAGAAAAGUGAAGCCAGUUCUUGCCAAGUCUGGAGGAAGACCCUGAGAGCAAACCCUGCGAGCUCAUUCCAGGAAUUUAUCCAUUAUGUCUAACCAGGGAGACGACUGCUACUUCUACUUCUAUUCCACGUGCAACAAGGGAGACAGCUGUGCCUUCCGCCACUGUGAGGCUGCUCUGGGAAGUGAGACCGUCUGCACCCUCUGGCAGGAGGGUCGUUGUUUCAGGAAUGUCUGCAGGUUCAGACACAUGGAAAUCGAUAAAAAGCGGAGUGAGAUCGCCUGUUACUGGGAGAACCAGCCCGGGGGCUGCCAGAAAUCCAACUGUGCUUUCCAUCACACCAAAGGCCGUUACGUCGAUGGGCUCUUCCUACCCCCGAGCAAAACCACACUCCCAAGUCCACCUGAGUCUGCAGAAGACGAUGGGAAAAUGGCUCAGAUGUCGCUGCAGCAAAACAAACUAUCUGUGCAGUCCAACCCCUCCCCACAGCUGAGGGGGGUGAUGAAAGUGGAGAACUCAGAAAAUGUCCCGAGUCCUACACACCCUCCAGUUGUCAUCAAUGCUGCAGAUGAUGAUGAAGAUGAUGAUGACCAGCUUUCUGAAGAAGGAGAAGAAACUAAAACACCUGUCCAGCAGCCAGCCACAGAAGCCCAUAAUGGAUUGAGGCUGAUUUCCACCAGGAAAUCCAAUGCUAAUACAAAGCAAGAUGACAAUUUAAAUUUCGGAAUAAAAACACUCGAAGAAAUCAAAUUGAAGAAACUAAAGGAAAAAGCCAAAAAGCAAGGUGAAGGUCCCUCAGGAGUUGCUGUUGAUCCACUCCAAGCUCGGACAAUUCCUGUGCCAGAGAAGGAAAACGUCAGGACAGUGCUGAGAACUGUGACUCUGUCCUCAAAGGAAGGAGAGGAUCCUGUGAUCCAGCUGAAUCUUCCUGACAGACUGGGAAAACGGAAAACUCUCAUAGCUGGUAAAACCUUCCUUCCUCUGAGGCGAAACGUUGCUGACAGGCUGGGCAGGAAGACAGAGCUGCUGGAGAAUGCUGAGAAAGCCCCCAGGAGAGGCACAGUUCAAGUGCUGAAGUCCCUGAGGGAGAGGCUGGGACAGCCCUCUGACCAGAGCAGUACAGAGACAGAGAAGGCUGCCAAGCCCAUCGAGGAGAUCCGGGUGAAGACCCUGGAGGAGAUUCGGCUGGAGAGGGCGAGCCAGAGGCGGGGGGAGCCCCCGGCCAAGCCCCCCGGCGAGGCCCGGAGGGUGGAGGAGCCCAGCUCAGGGACCAGACCUGCCCCCCCCGUCCGCAUCAAAUCCCUCUCGGGAGCCCUGGCGGAGAAGAACCACAAGAGGUUGGAGGAAGAGAAGGAAAAAAACCCAGAGGAGUUUCCUGCCAAGCCAAAAGCUGAGGGAGAGCCCAGGAGGAGCGUUCCUGCUCCAGCCGUGCCCGGCAGGGUGCAGCUGGCAGAGCCAGGGAGAGCCAAGCCAGCGGGAGAAGUGAGGAUCAAAACCUUGGAGGAGAUCAAGAGGGAGAAAGCUCUGAGGAUGCAGCAGAGCGGGGAGAAUGUGCCAGCUCCUCCUGCACAGCCCGAGCCUGCCCUCAGAGGGAGGAAACUCCUGCGGGUCACAAAGCUCAUAGCACCUGGAAGAGAAGAAAAAAUGAUAGUGGAAUUGAACAAACCUUCUCCAAAAACUGUCUCUGCACCUGCAGAGCCCUCUGGUCAGAGUGCAGCUAAUUCCACAGUGCAGGUGAAGAGCCUGGAGGAGAUCAUGUGGGAGAAGCGACAGCUGAAGCAACGCCAGGAGAAGCUUCAGAAGGAAGCAGCUGCUGUGCCAACCCCAGUGGAGAAACCAGCCAAGGAGAAAACUCCCCCAUCAGGGAGCCCUGAAUCUGCUGUGGUUUCAGGACCAGCUUAUCAGCUGGGGAGGAGGAAACUGGUGAAGCCUCAGGAGGAUGGGGUGGGAAGCCCAGAGAAGGACCCUGCAGUGUCCCCAGGGAAAAAGGCAGCCCAGCCUCCAGAAAGGAAAGCUAAAACCAAAUCCAAGGUGUGCCUGAAGCCUUUGGAUGGGAGAGCCACGUCCUCCCCGAGGCAGGCCCUGAAACGCAAGGGCACCGAGAGCCACCCCACUGCCGUGGUGGCCGUGAAGCCCCUCAGUGCCACCGGUGGGGACACCAAGGAGCCCUCAGCCAAGAAAGCAGCUGCGGCCGUGGCUCCUGCUUUGCCAGAGGACAGCCUGGUCUCCAUACCUCGGAGGGAAAAACCUCAAAGCAGCCCUGAGCUCCACCUCGGGAGCCAGGCAGACUCCCUGGCACAGUCAGAGGUCUCCAGCUCGACUUCAGCUUCCUCAGAAGUGCCGGUGAAGCUGCGCCGGCUGAGCUCCACGGGCUCUGCCAAAGCACCUCUGUCUGUGGAGGAUGACUUCGAGAAGCUCAUUUGGGAAAUCUCAGGAGGCAAACUGGAAGCAGAGAUUGACCUGGACCCAGGGAAGGACGAGGAUGACCUCCUUCUGGAACUUUCGGAGAUGAUUGACAGCUGAACUGCACAGUCUUAAAAAAAAAAAAAAGACAAAAAAAAACAACACCAAAAAAAACCCAACCAUAAACUCUCCCCCUACACAACCCCCAAACCUGUAUAUUUUGUUGGAUACGUGGAGGUGAUCCUUUCCUAGCUGAGGCUGAAGGCACAGUUGGAUGGGCAGGAUUAAGCAGGAUCUGCACUUGUCCUGAAUUUCCCUGGGACUGUCGGUGGCUCCUUCCACACGGAGUGGACAAAGCACUUGUGGUUUUUUUGGGGGACACAGAGAUCCCAUCUCCGGACUGUGGUGGUUGUGAACUGAUCUGCUCAUCCUGUGACGCUCUGAAGGCUUCAAACAAAAGCUUCCACCUUCCCCCCUCCCUGGCACGACCCAACGUUCAGCACAUUUCAGCACUUCGUGUUCGGAUCCCGUGGACAGUUGGUACCCAAAGCCUGGAGUUACUAUGUCAACUCUUGAGUUUUACUGCUGUACGCUGUCAUUUUGACUUUAAUUAGGGGAAUUAAUGACAAAGCUGGGGGGGGAGGGAGCAGAUUAAUUAGUAUUUCGGACCAAACACGCUGCCAAGGGCGGUGGCUGGGGUGUGUCCAUCCAGCCUUACUUUGAAUUAUCAGGGUGCUUUUUCCCGAUGGGAACAGGAUCCUGGGGUGGGCAGCCAGGAUUCCUCUCGUCGUCUGCAGUGAAUUGGGAAAGGAAGGAUUGGUUUAAGUGCCUCUUGGUUCCAAGGAUUGCUCCCCUGAGCUGCCGAUCCUUCAUCCUGCUGAAGGAAUUCCUCACGCCGUGACGUCCGCCAGCAUCCGUCUCACAUGCCCAUGGAAUGACUCUGGGAGAGAGGAAGAGGGCAUGGAAGGUUUCCUCCUCCUCUAUCAGCCCGUGGAGGCGGGAUUUUGGUGUAUACCAUGGUUUCUGUAAAUAUUUUAUUCUUCCAUUUUAUAUUUGUAUUCUAUUUAAGGUAUUAAACGUAGGCUGGUCACCUCCGCCCGCCCCGCUCAUGUCUGUACAGACC